GCGCGUACUCUCGCUCUCGCACGCGCACUCCCUUCAGGUCCGCCAGCCGCGCCGCCGCCGCCGCCGCCCAGCCCCGCGGAACUCCGGUGGCACCAUGUCUUCGCCUCCCGAAGGGAAACUAGAGACUAAAGCUGGACACCCGCCCGCCGUGAAAGCUGGUGGAAUGCGGAUUGUGCAGAAACACCCACAUGCUGGAGACACCAAGGAAGAAAAAGACAAGGAUGACCAGGAAUGGGAAAGUCCCAGCCCGCCUAAGCCAACCGUGUUCAUCUCGGGAGUCAUCGCCCGGGGUGACAAGGACUUCCCCCCAGCGGCUGCACAGGUGGCUCACCAGAAGCCUCACGCCUCCAUAGACAAGCACCCUUCCCCCAGGACCCAGCACAUCCAGCAGCCUCGCAAGUGAAGGAGCACCUGCACCCCGACACCCCAGCAGACCUGGCUUCACUUCCCUGUGACCUCCCCAGUGGAGACCCAGCACCUUCUCCAAGAGCUGCUCAACCUGGGAAAUCUAAGACAAAGCCAAGCACCCCUUCCUUUGUCUUAAAUUUCCAUAUUUAAAAUUAGAAACAUUCAAACCCCAAAUGUGUUCUAGGAGUCUUGGUGGGAUGUCAUUGAAAGAUCCUCGCACCCUCCCCCAGAAGUGCCAUUAGCAGAAUUUGCUGAGACCCAAGUAAAAUGAAGUCCUUCACCCUUUAGCCUAAUUCUGUCUUCGCGGUGUUCUGGAGUCCUGCCUGUGGUCCUGAGAACAAGAGGGCACAGUGUGGCAAGAUUCAAUAAGGUUAAGGAAAAGCGCAACCAUUUCAUGCUUUUUAGUAAAAACGUAACAGUCUGCAUGGCCACGGGAGGGUAUGACAUAAGGGCUGGACUGGCAGGUCUCAGGGAGGGCCUUUGAGCAGGCACCUGACACUGAAUCCCCCCCUGGGCAACAAGGGUCUCAGUACAAGGUGCCCAAGCAUCACAGGACUCAAAGGAAAGCGGUCGGCUCUGAAAAGGCUCUUUAUUUCCAGAGGCCAUUGUGCUGAGGUCGUGGGCAGGGGGAUCCCAGCAGCACUUGCCCAGUGAGAUCGUCUCAGUCCAGGCUCUGGGAAGAAGGAGACAGACCUCAAGGUUCAGCAGUCACCUCUAGGGCUGCUCUGGCCUGGAGGUGACCACCUUCCAGGGUGGAGGAGGACACAGGUAGCUCUGGGGUGCUUCACACAAGAGUUGAAAGCAUGAGAGACGGGGUCGAGGCCUGCCCUUUGCCUCCCCAGGGAUCACCACGUCCCCCCGAGCGUGGUCUGUCUCCCUGAGACCAGAAUCCCUCCUACCCAGGCACACAUCCGCCCGCACCCACCCUCACUUGGGCACAUCAGAUUGUGCAGUUUCUACACGUGUCUCCUGCUCCCAGAUGCUCUAAAUUAGUCCUUGUCUUGAGGCUAUGGUGUGCUCUGCUUUUCCAAAAAAGCAGACAUUAGAAGCUUCUGGAGCGCUGCUCAGGAGAGGGUGUGCCUGACCGUCCCACCCACCAGCAGUGGAGUCUGCUGCAGGUCCAGGUGGCACUGUGGGCAUCCUUCAUGUGACCAGCCUUUCUGGUACCUUCUCCAGGCUUGUGUGUCAGGUGGCAAAAACCAAGGCAAGCUGGUCAGGUCAGCUUGUCCUCUUCCCUGGGGGAGAAGCCCAGCACCACAUUGAUGGGCAGCAUUGGUUUCCUGGGAUGCCAGGGCAUAACCCUCAAGGCCCACGUUGCCGAUUUCAUAUUUCUUAAUCGCUGAAACGUAGGUAUGAACAGAGGGUGUCUCUGGAGACCCAGGCCUGGCUGGCAGUACUGCCAUGGAACACGCCACAGGAGCAGCCUGCCCCUGUCUUGUUGAAAGGACCUCCUGCCGCCAGAGGCACGCCAGUUUUUCCAGAGGCACGUUCCAUAAACUCCAAGCUAGAUUGCACACGCGACUGUGGACUCUAGAUCCCUGAAAGCAAGUGCUUUUCUGAAUGAGUUUAUCAAUCGCCGACUGCAAGAAUAAUAGAGAUUCUAAUAAAGCUCCCGCAUCAA